UCUCAGCGCGCGCUCCGGGGUUCCUGGGGCGCUAAGAAGCAGAGUGUGUAGCUGCGAGUCCCAGGUUCUCCGCCCAGCCCGCAGUCUAGAGCUGGCGUUGGCAGGCAGGAAAGCGGGCUAGACAAGGUGGCCUCCCAGUCCCGCAGAUCGCUGUCCUCCGCCCCGCCGAGGCCACUGGCAGCCUCCCGGGUCCAGUUGGAGAGGCGGUACCCAGUCACUCCCCCUGCCGCCUGCCGUUUCCUAGAGGCUUGAAACCAGUUUGUUUGUUUCGCCCCGGUGGUGUGGACUUGUCUCGCGGGGCGUUGCCCCGAACCGGACGGAGUCAAGCCUGAAGGUUUAGCCAAAGGCUGGUCUCAGGGUGUCUCAGUGCCCCGCUUUCACACUGCACCGUGAGCUGCUGCUGCUGCUGCUUCGGCAGACCUGGUUUUUCCUUUCAGGAUGUCAUUUUUGAAAUGCGGGAAGGUGCUUCUGCCUCGAUAAGUCCCCUAGGAAGACUUCUAAACUGCUAACCCUAGUCUGAUGCUUAUCGAUCGCCACCGUUAUUCCUACUAACGUCCUGUGCCAUGGAGUGUAUCUGUUAAGAUGCUUUAGGGAAGAACCAUGGAGAAGUAUGCUAGACUACAGAAGAUAGGAGAAGGUUCCUUUGGAAAGGCUAUCCUUGUCAAAUCUACUGAAGAUGGACGGCAUUAUGUUAUCAAGGAAAUUAGCAUCUCUAGAAUGUCCAAUAAAGAAAGGGAAGAAUCCAGGAGAGAAGUUGAUUUGUUGGCAGACAUGAAGCAUCCAAAUAUUGUCCAGUAUAAAGAAUCAUUUGAAGAAAAUGGCUGUCUUUACAUAGUGAUGGAUUACUGUGAAGGAGGGGAUCUGUUUAAACGAAUAAAUGCUCAGAAAGGCAUUUUGUUUCAAGAGGAUCAGAUCUUGGACUGGUUUGUACAGAUAUGUUUGGCCCUGAAACAUGUUCAUGAUAGAAAAAUUCUUCAUCGAGACAUAAAAUCGCAGAAUAUAUUUUUAACCAAAGAUGGGACUGUACAACUGGGAGAUUUUGGAAUUGCUAGAGUUCUCAAUAGUACUGUAGAUCUGGCUCGAACUUGUAUAGGAACUCCCUACUACUUAUCACCUGAAAUCUGUGAAAAUAAGCCUUAUAAUAAUAAAAGUGACAUUUGGGCUCUUGGUUGUGUCCUGUAUGAGAUGUGUACUCUUAAACAUGCAUUUGAAGCUGGCAGUAUGAAAAACCUGGUACUGAAGAUAAUAUCUGGAUCUUGUCCUCCUGUGUCUUUGCACUAUUCUUCUGAUCUCCGCAAUUUGCUUUCUCAGUUAUUUAAAAGAAAUCCCAGGGAAAGACCAUCAGUCAACUCCAUAUUGGAAAAAGGUUUCAUAGCCAAACGCAUUGAAAAGUUUCUUUCGCCUCAGCUUAUUGCAGAACAAUUUUGUCUAAAACCGUAUUCCAGGUUGAAAGCCCUGCCAGCUAAAAGACCAGCUUCAGGACAAAGUGUUGCUUCUCCAGUGUCUGCUCAGAAAAUCACAAAACCAGCUGCUAAAUAUGGAGUAUCUUUACUGCAUAAGAAAAAUGGGGAUAAAAAAUUAAGUGAAAAGAAACCACUUCAAAAAUAUAAACAGGGCCCUCAGGCUGCACUGAAGAAAAUGAAUCCUGGAGAAGAAAGGAGGAAAAUGUUUGAGGAACCACCAAGAAAGAAAAAGUUGGAAUUAAUUGAAAAGGAGAAGAAGUCGAAGGACCAGAUUAGUUUCUUGAGGGCUGAACAGAUGAAAAGGCAAGACAAGGAGAGGUUGGAGAGAAUAAAUAGGGCCAGAGAACAAGGAUGGAGAAAUGUGCUAUGUGCUGGUGGAAGUAGUGAAGUAAAGGCUUCCUUUUUUGGUGUUGGAGGGGUUGCGGCUCCAUCUUGUUCUUCUCGAGGAAAAUACGAGCAUUAUCAUGCUAUUUUUGAUCAAAUGGAGCAACGAGUGGCAGAUAGUGAAGCCAAAUGGAAAGAAAUUUGUGACCAAAGACUUUCAGAAAGAGGAAUUCCACCUGGAGUACAUCCAGGAUUUCCUAAUGGGGCUGCGGGUCAUCACCAUAUCCCCGAGACUGAUGCUAUUAGAAAAACUUUGAAAAGAUUGAAGGCCGUGCCUAAACAAGCCAGUGCAAACAGGCAGAGGGGACAGAUAGAUGUGGAAAGAGAUCAGCAAGUGAAAGAGUUUCUCCAGCGAAAACAUGAAGCAAGGCAGAAUAAAGCUCGAGCUGAAGGUCAUAAGGGAAUCCUGCAAAACCUGGCAACUAUGUAUGGAGGCAGGCCCAGCUCUUCAAGAGGAGGGAAGCCAAGAAACAAAGAGGAGGAGGUUUAUCUGGCAAGGCUAAGACAAAUACGACUGCAAAAUUUCAAUGAACGCCAACAGAUUAGAGCCAAACUUCGUGGUGAAAAGAAAGAAGCUAAUGGUUCUGAAGGGCAAGAAAGAAAUGAGGAGGCUGAUGCAAGGUGUAAAAAAACAGAAAUACUUAAGGCCCAAGCAAAUACACGUGCCGCUAUACUAAAAGAGCAAUUAGAGCGAAAGAGGAAAGAGGCGUAUGAGAGAGAAAAGAAAGUCUGGGAAGAACAGCUGUUCACUAAAGGACUGAGGAGUUCUGAUGGGACACUGCCUUUGGGCCAGUGUGACGCAGGUGGCUCGCCAUCAAAGCAGCAAAUGAGACCUGCCAUUUCGGUGACUUCUGCUUUGAAAGAAGUGGGUCUGGACAGAAGUUUAACUGGUACUGAAGAAAACUCAGAAGAAUGGCAAAAGACUAAUGAUAUUAUCUCAAAUAAACAGGAAAUACUACGCAGAUUAAAUCAAAAUCUUAAAUCUCAAGAAGAUGAAAAAGGAAUGCAGGAUCAGUUUGAGACGUGUGAACUUGCUCAUGAAGAUGCCAAAGAACAUGAUAAAGAAAAAUCGGGAUCAUCGGAUCGCAAAAAGUGGGAGGCUGGAGGUCAACUUGUGCUUCCUGUGGGUGAUUUAACAUUGGAAGCAUCCUUCUCUGCAAGUGAAAAUCAUACAGUGGGAGACGUUAUUAAAUUAGAUCCUGGUGGGUCUCCAAGAAGAGUCUGGGGGAAAAGCCCUACGGACUCUGUUCUCAAGAUACUUGGAGAAGCUGAACUACAGCCACAGACAGAACUUUUGGAAAGCACAGCCAUGAGAAAUGAACCCGAUGACUUAGAAGCAGAAGUUCUAGAGGAGCCAAGUGGAGUAAGCAAAGUUGAUCACUUGCCGUGUGCUGUUGAUGUGUGGAUAAGUGAGGUGACUGAAACAAAAGAAACAGAAUUGGAAACUAGGAUUAUAUUUCAGCAAAGUCAAAUUUCUGAAGAUGGAGCUCAGAGGAAUGUGGACCAGCUUGAUGAAGUUGGUACUGAAUCUCAAGUAGAUGAUUCUCAGCACUCUAAAUGUGAUGCAGAUAAGUCUGUGAAACCAGAACCAUUUUUCCAGAAGGUGGUUCAUCCUGAACACUUGAACUUAGCCUCUCAAAUUCAAUCAAUUCUCUGUUCUCCGGAAGAAUCCCUUCCACUUCGAUCUCGCUCUGAUUCACCACCAAAAACUAAAAGUAAGAAUUCCUUGCUGAUUGGACUUUCAACUGGUCUAUUUGAUGCAAACAAUCCAAAGAUGUUGAGGACAUGUUCACUUCCAGAUCUCUCCAAGCUGUUUCGAACACUGAUGGACGUUCCUAUUGUAGGAGAUAUGCGCCAGGACAAUCUUGAGAUAGAUGAAAUCGAAGAUGAGCACAUUAAAGAAGGGCCCUCUGACUCCGAAGACAUUGUGUUUGAAGAAGCUGAUACAGAUUUGCAAGAGCUCCAGGCCUCAAUGGAACAGUUACUUCGAGAGCAGCCUGGGGAAGAAUACAGUGAGGAGGAAGAGUCAGUCCUGAAGAACAGUGACGUGGAGCCAAGUGCCAAUGGCCCCGAGCUGCCCGAUGAGGAUGACAAUCCCAGCAGUGCGAGCGCCCUGAACGAGGAGUGGCACUCAGAUAACAGUGAUGAUGAAAUUACUAGUGAAUGUGAAUAUGAUAGUGUAUUUAACCAUUUAGAGGAACUGCGACUUCACCUGGAACAGGAAAUAGGCUUUGAAAAGUUCUUUGAGGUUUAUGAGAAAAUGAAAGCUAUUCAUGAAGAUGAAGAUGAAAAUAUUGAGACUUGUUCAACAAUAAUUCAGAAUAUUUUGGGAAACGAACAUAAGCAUCUUUAUUCCAAGAUUCUUCAUUUAGUUAUGGCAGAUGGAGCCUAUCAAGAAGAUAAUGAUGAGUGAUCGUCACAGCAGUCCUUAAUCAUCAACUCUGUGAAAGCAUUUAAAUUUGGCUUAUCAGAAUAACAAGACCAAUAGGAACUGUAAAAUUUUUAAUAAAUGAAAUACAAGAUAUAAGGUGGGCAUGCCAAUUGCAUGGAAGAAAGUGAGAAAAUGCUAUUUUUCAGUUGAGAUCUAGUAAUGCGCACUUUGCUUGCUGAGUUCUAUUGGUAGUCACCUUUUAUAACAUGUAUACUUUAUCCAACCAAAGCAUAAGGAGAUAUUGACCUGGAACUGGACUUAAUGUUCCUGAAAACCUACCAUGCUGUGGGUAACUUGGACUUUUACCAACGUCUUUAGGUUGAAAGAAUUAUCUGUGUUGUAAAAAACCUGCCUGUAUUUAUUUAAGUUUUUAAGCAUGACCUUUUCUCCUUUCUGUUUAUGUCCAUUGGCAGCAAUUCUGCAAAAAGUAACCUCAUUGAGGGCGCUGUUAAGUUUUCACAUUUUAAAAUGGACAAUUUAGCCUUAAACUUUACAUUCUCAGUUAUUUUUCAACUAUUGUGUUUUUUGAACAACUUGGGUGAAAGAAAUUGUUGAAAAUUUGAUUAUGAAGGAUAGCAAUAUUGUAUUCCUGAUAUUAAAAAAUGUUGAUAAUUACAGCUAUUUUUCUUUAAGGACCAAAACCAGAUAUAUAUCUAGAAAUUAGUCUGAGAAUUUUAACACUGUGUCUGUAACAUAAAGUUGCCCUUUUUGUUGUUACUUACUCUCAUGCAUCUGUCUCAAGGACAGCAGGAGGUUAAAAAGAGGGAAGAAAGUGUGUUUAUUUUUAACACUAAAGCAGUUUGGUAACUAGUAUCUCAAGGUGGGAAUAUUUUCCUCUUUUACUUAUUUCUACUAUAUGAGAGAAUUAAGUCAGUCAAUAUGAUAAUGAUCUGUUACCGUAUGUCAAGUAUUAUAUGGGUUCAUGAAAGAUGUCUAAAGUUCAGGUGAUUUGAGUUAAAAAAAAAUCCUAAUUUUUGAAACAGUAUAAAACAACCUGAUUGGCCUAAUCUAUAAACUUAACAAUAAAAUCUUAC